CCGUCUGGUAUUUCCACCGCUGACACCGUGUCAGAAUACCGGGCCAACCGCUCAGCUCUUCUCUGCAGCAGGACCUUACCUUAGUCUUCCCCGUCGGCAUCUUUAGUGUCCACGGUCUCCUUGUGAUCCCUUGUACUGUCUGCAGUCUCUGGUCAUUUGCUGUACUGUUGGCAGUCUCUGGUCAUCUCCUGUACUAUGUCCGCUGUCUCUGGUCAUCUCCUGUACUAUGUCCGCUGUCUCUGGUCAUCUCCUGUACUAUGUCCGCUGUCUCUGGUCAUCUCCUGUACUAUGUCCCCAGUCUCUGGUCAUCUCCUGUACUAUGUCCGCAGUCUCUGGUCAUCCCCUGUACUGUCUGCAGUCUCUGGUCAUUCCUUGUACUGUGUCUGCAGUCUCUGGUCAUUCCCUGUACUGUGUCUGCAGUCUCUGGUCAUCCCCUGUACUGUGUCUGCAGUCUCUGGUCAUCCCCUGAACUGUGUCCGCAGUCUCUGGUCAUCCCCUGUACUGUGUCCGCAGUCUAUGGUCAUCUCCUGUACUGUGUCCGCAGUCUCUGGUCAUCUCCUGUACUGUGUCCGCAGUCUCUGGUCAUCUCCU